UAUCCACGUUCAUAUGUGUUUCGUUCUGUACUUGUCUAUUAACCCGAAUAUUUUUGGCAAAAUGGGUGUAAAGAAUUUUACUGUGGAAAAUGGCGUUUACAAAGGAGAAGAGACGCAACAGUCGAAUAAGUAUAAGAGCCUUGGAGAAUUAAUGUGGAUUAGCAUUACAAGUCAUGAGGACAAAAUUGCACAUUUGGACGCACGCACUGAUGAAACGUUUACAUACGCGGAGUUGCAAGAUAAAGUUGUGAGAUGCGCUUUAUGGUUACAAAAGCAAGGAAUCAAAUGUGGCGACGUUAUUAGUGUGUGUACGAGUAAUCAACCCAACUCCAUAGUGCCCUGUAUUGCAGCGACAUAUGUCAACGCGAUUUUUAAUCCAUGGAAUGAAGAUAUGGACUUACCAACUGCAUUGCACGUUUUGCAACUGACUACGCCGAAGGUAAUCUUCUGUAGCGAGAAAUCUGUGGGUGUCAUUUUGAACGCGAUAAAAGAGAAAAAUUGCAAUCCCAUGGUGGUGGUUUUCGGUAAUCAUGACAGCGCGAUUUCGUUGUCCGAUAUCCUGAGGAAUUGUAACAAUGCGGAAGCUGCAAAUUUCCGUUAUGUUGAGCUUGACGAUAUCAAGAAGACGGCAUGCAUCAUGCAUUCAUCGGGCACGACGGGGAUGCCGAAGGGUGUCGAAUUGUCUAACCACACUAUGAUACUCAUGAAGAACAACAGUAUCCUGGAUAUGACGAAUGUGCCAACACUUUGGUUCUCAUCUCUUUAUUGGAUCAGUGGAGUAAUGCUAAACGUGAUAGCGAUUUCGCAGGGUGCCACAGUGAUCCUUUAUUCGCAAUUCGACGAGGACAUGACUUGUCAAUUAAUUGAAAAAUAUAAAGUAGCAGUUUUGUUUCUUAGCUCGAGUAUGAUAAAUCGAUUUGUCAGAGCAGGUUACGUAAAAGAAUAUUCAUUACCAUCUUUAAAAGUUAUACUAGGUGGUGGUGCAAUAAUUAAGCCAAAAGUGCAGGAAGAACUAAGACGUUGUUUACCACACGUUCAGAUAUUGCAAGGUUAUGGAAUGACAGAAGUCGGUGGUCUUGCAACGUGUCAAUUACCUAAUCACAAAAACGGAUCUUGUGGGAUAGUAGCUAAGAAUGUGCAAAUAAAAAUUGUAGAUCCUGAAAGCGGGAAAGUACUUGAUCCGAAUCAAUCAGGAGAAAUAUGGAUAAAAUCUGCAACCAUGAUGAACGGUUAUUAUAGGAAUCCUGAAGCGACAAAAAGUACGAUUGAUGAAGAAGGAUGGCUGCAUACAGGUGAUAUCGGUUAUGUUGAUGAAGAUGGAGAAUUGUUCAUUAUUGAUAGGAUAAAGGAACUCAUAAAGUAUAGAGGAUAUCAAAUCUCACCCGGAGAAAUCGAGGGUGUCUUGAUAUCACAUCCAGCAGUGCUAGAAGUUGCAGUAAUAUCGAUACCUCAUGCAACAGAUGACGAACAUCCUCUUGCAUAUAUUACCAAAAAGCCCGGCGCCAAGGUGACGGAGCAAGACUUAAUAGACUUUGUGGCAAAAAACAUGAUGGAUCACUACAAACUUCGUGCUGGAAUUAUAUUUUUAGAUGCCUUUCCGUAUACAGGUUCAGGAAAAAUUGCAAGGAAAGAUUUAAAAGAAAUGACUAAAAAAUUAUUUAAACGCACUAGUUAAUUAUACCUCUUAAAUAUGUAUAAUUGUACUACACUUCUGUCGGAUGGUACAUUGAAAAAAAGGAUUGGCUGUUGCAACAAAUUAGAUGGUAAAAUAU